AUGAAAUUAUUAUUAUUAUUAGUUUUAGUUUCAUGUUUAUUAAACUCUGCCUAUGGUGUUUUUAAAACACCUUUUGGCAAGAAUAGAGAAAGACUAUAUAGAGAACAAUUAGGCGAGGUACCAGUCUUCUCCAAUCAAACCUUUUGGUUUGAUCAAAAAAUUGAUCAUUAUGACUUUUUCAACAACAACACAUAUAAACAACAAUAUAUUGUAGUAGAUGAUUAUUUUGAUGGAUCAGGACCAAUUUUCAUUUAUUUAGCAGGUGAAGCACCAAUGGGAUUCUUUGGAUUUCAAGAAGUUCAAGUUGUUGAAUGGGCCAAGCAAUUUGGUGCCUUAUUUAUUGUUAUCGAACAUAGAUUUUAUGGUAAAUCCUAUCCAACACAAGAUUUAUCAACAAAUAAUCUUAAAUAUUUAACAUCACAACAAGCACUUGCAGAUGCUGCAAACUUUUUAUCAACUUAUAAAGCCGAAAAUGACCUUGUUGAAAACCCAACAGUUGUUUUUGGUUGUUCAUAUAGUGGUGCAUUAUCAUCAUGGUUUAGAUUAAAAUACCCACAAUUAGCUAUUGCUAGUAUUGCACCAAGUGGUCCAGUUCUUGCUCAACUUAACUUUACAGGUUAUUAUGCUCAAUUUUCAAAUUCAGCUGCACCAAAUUGUGUCCAAGCUGCUCAAACCGCCACAAACCAAAUCAUGCAAUUAACCAAAUCAUCAGCUGGUAUUAAACAAUUAGAAAAAACUUUUAACUCAUGCCACUCAUUAGAAAAUCCAAGAGAUCUUUAUUAUUUCCUUUACACUCUUACUGAAGCUUUAGGCUCAGCCGAUCAAAUGAAUAAUCCACCAACUUGGAUUCUUAACUCCACUUGUGGUACCUUCUUACAAAACGAUAACCUUUUAACCAACUGGGCUCAAAUUGUUAAUGCUGGUCAAACUGGAUGUAACGAUUAUAGAUUAUCAACUUUCAUUGAACAAAUGAGAGAAAUUAAAAUUAGUCAACAAGAUGGUUCAAGAUCUUGGGUAUAUCAAACCUGUGUCGAAUUUGGUUAUUUUUCAACUACCUAUGAAGGAACUAGUGUUUUCCCACCAACAUUAAAUGUAGAAGAACAAGUUAAAUGGUGCGAAGAAAUCUUUGAUGUUCCAGGUAUGACACCAAAUAUUGACUGGACCAAUGCUUACUAUGGUGGUCAAAAUACUCAAGCCACCAAUGUUAUGUUUACUAAUGGUUUACUUGAUCCAUGGCACUUAUUAAGUGUAAACAGUGAUAAUGAAGCUGGUACCGUUAGAGCUGCUACCUAUGAAGCUGGUCAUUGUGCUUCAUUAAUUCAGGAAACUAGUGAGGAUCCAAUCUCAUUAGUUAAUGCUAGAGAAGAAGUUGUUUCAUUCUUAAAAGGAGUUUUAUCAAAUUAA